AUGGGGAAUAAGGAUGACAGAAAAAAGAGAUACGAAAUAAUUCUUCAUCGACUUCAUUUCAAGCGACAACGGCAUCUGGGCGGUGCACAAAAAGGAUGGGAAAUUCGCAACAGCCCAAGGUGGCAUUGGGAUACAACGAGUUCUGAAGCCUUCAACGUGUCGCGCUCCUGGAAAAGGACGACGCAGUGCGGCAGGAGACAA